CGCGCUGUGCUAAAAUCUGGAACAAUUUCGCGAUCAGGUGUUUUAAAGAAGUUACUGGACAACAUCGAUCGUGCAUCAAUCGAUAUCCUUUGCCCAAGUCAUGGCUACUGAACAGGACAACAUUAUAACCCUCGAAGGGUCUUCGGAAAUGAUUGGGGAAUAUCUACGCUACGCAGUGAACAGCAUCCUUUUCCAGCGGGGCAUCUAUCCGGCGCAAGAGUUUGAGACGAGCGAACGGUACGGCGUCCCCUUGUACUUGUCCAAGAACGAUGGAGUCAAGCGGUUCUUUGACGCUAUAUUGCCGAAUAUUGAAGAAUGGUGUUGCAAGCGAUGUAUCGAGUCCGUUAUGCUCGUCCUUUAUAACGUACGCACGAAGGAGGUGGUGGAGCGCUGGGACUUCAACAUAAAGUAUGAACUGGAAGGCUCGCAGCAGGAGAACGUCCCACCCGGCGAGUCGGGCACGCAGCAGAUGGUAUCACACAAGCCUGUGCAGAAGAUUCGCUCCGAGAUCCGCGGAGUGAUGCGUCAGAUUGCAUCGUCGAUCGCAUUUUUGCCACUCCUCGAUUUCCCCUGUACCUUCGAUGUGUUGAUUAGAAAAAGUGGCGCGAUGCCGCAGAAAUGGAACGAAACCGGCUCGAUCGAUGUGAGCAAUCCACAAACGGUUCAUAUGCGCCAAUUCUCAACGGGCAUUCAUCAGAUGGCUACUUCCGUCACCUACAGCCUGCAGCACGAUAACUGAUUUUUCCUACUUUCGUUUUCUCUUUUUUCCUUUCGAUGUAUCUUGUCGUUGUAUGUAAUUUGUAUCGUCUGC